CCAUAAUUCCCGGGACAGGUAGACGUCAUCUGUCUCAAACUUAACAGACGAAGUGGCACUGGAAGGGGGAGCGUAAACAAACGGCAUUCCUGGUGGUGUGAUGUACUGAGGAGAUGCCGGACCCCACGGACAGCACCACGGAGGCUCAGCCGCUGAACGAGGAGGAAGGGGGGGCGCAGGGGUUGCCCCACCCCAGCGGGAAGGAGGACGGCUGCAGGAAGGAGGACGGCUGGUGGGGCCGCCUGGGGCUUUCUCAUCUGUCCAACUGGCGGACCGCAUGCUUCUUCCUUUCCCUCUUCCUCUGCCUCAUUGUGGUGUUUGCCUUCUCCUUCAUCAUCCCCUGCCCUGUGCGGCCUGUCUACCUGCACAUGUGGAACCACACCUUGCCACAGGCAGCUACAUAUGACUUCCUGGCUGUCAAAGAUGCAAACAAGGACAAAGUAUUGGAUGUACUCUUUGUCAUCAAGGCUCCGGAAGGCAGUCUAAACAUAACAUGUGUCAAUCAAAGUCUCCCCACGCCCUGUGUGUUCAUGUCGGCGGUGGCAGGGACCAAUGGGGAGCCUCUGUGGGAGCGGCCCCUGGCCCCAGAGUUGCACUGGGUGCAGUGUGGCCUGAGCCUGGGCCUGGGCGAGGAGGGCAAGGGCUGCCUGCUGUCACACAGCAACCAGCUGACCGCCGUCAGCCACCACAGCGGAGAGAUUUUUUGGCAGAGGGCACACCCCCCCACUUACAGCAGUCAGCUGCCUGUACUGACAGUACCGGACCUGGACAAGGAUGGCGUCGAUGAUCUGGUUCUAAUCGGACCGGGACCAGCACAGGCAGUGCUGACGAUUCUGUCCGGGAAGACCGGGGAUGGGAUUGGAAAAGAAGUGGGUCUGGAGUCUGAGGUGCUCACGCACCUCCUGCACACCACAGCUAAAGGCUCCCCCUACAUCCUGCUUCACAAAGACUCUGGGCUGUACGGUGUGGCUCUGCAGAAGAUAGCAGCCCAGGCCAAACCUGGCUGCGAGAAGAAUCUGAAGAAGGACGAGGAAUGGGAGAAGAAGACCAGCUCCGACACGGGCCAAGUGCUGCUGUACAAGUCUGACUCAGUGCAGUAUGUGUUGAGCAUAGCCCAGAAGCGCAAGACCUCCAACCUGCUGGUGGUGACCGAGGACAGCGUAGAGGUCUUAAACGGAGACAGCCUGAAGUCUCUGUGGAGGACCAACGCCAGCCGGCUCCUGAGUGAGCCUUCCCUUGGGCACUUCAACAAGGACGGCAUCCCUGACGUGGUGAUAGAGGAGAACAUUGGUGACGGUACCAAACAAGUGGUCAUACUGGAUGGGAGCACAGGAGGAGUGCUGUGGGAAGUGAAUAUGCUGUUGAGACCCAACUCACCCCAGCCGUCCGCGGUCAACACCCUCAACUCGUACUCAAUCUUUGUUCUAUGGGGAGAGAUGCCUUCUCAGACCAACUCCUCAAGCCCUGCAAGUAAGGGACAUUUCUCUUACAUGCUCAACCCAGAAUUCUCCAAUGUGCUUCUCGAGAAGAGCAACAGCAUCGACCAAAUCAUAGCAUUCAAGGCCACCCUGCUGGAGAGGGGCCGUCACGCCUGCUACAUCACGCUGACGGGCCCGGCGGACCAGGAGCGUCUGGGGACGGUGAUGAUCAGCAAGCGCAAGCUGAAGGAGGAAGUCCCAGAGAGCCGGGUCCUCAGGCUGGGAGUGAGCCCGGAAGGAGAGUCCGACGACGAGAUCAGAGCGGCCUACAACAAGCUGCGCUUCAGCAAGGACGUCUAAAGCAGAUCUGUUAUCUUAAUUCUGUCCCUUCACCCUCCCCCAAUACUGGCCUCUCACCCAUUCCCCUCCACCCCCUUUACCCAUUCCUCAAAACUCUACCCCCCAAUACUGCCCUCUCACCUAUUCCCCUCCACCCCCUUUACCCAUUCCUCAAAACACUACCCCCCAAUACUGCCCUCUCACCUAUUCCCCUCCACCCCCUUUACCCAUUCCUCAAAACUCUACCCCCCAAUACUGCCCUCUCACCGAUUCCCCUACACCCCCUUUACUUAUCCUUAUUCUGCCCCCUCACCUAUCCCCCAAUACUACCUGUUCACCCAUCCUUCCCAUCCACCCCCUUUACCCCUCCUGGCCCCUCAUUUACCCCCCCAAUACUGCCUUUUCCCCCAUCCCCAGUGCAGCCUCCUUACCUGUCCUACAGAGGGGGCUGUCAGACUCAGCUGCUCUGAUUCUUUUCAUGAGGAUUGUUGCAUCAUGUUAUGGCAGCAAAAAGCACAAUGAAGCUGCCUUCUACUGUAAAUCCAAUUAUUUAUGCUGAAUGAUGUGCACAAUCGAAACUUCCUUCCUGCUCAGGCUCAGCCAACUGCUAAGUGCCUGUGUGUGUCCUUCCCUGCACUUAUCCCUCACUGGCCAAAUGGCCAUAAAAUGCCUAGGAAAACCAAAGUCCAAGUCUGAGCUAUUUUAUCUGUCUGUGUGAGUGUGUCUCUGGGCAGUGGGUAGUUAUUCUGCUCAAAUGUUAUUCAGUUAUUUCUUGACUGAAGUGCUUUAUUUGAUUAUAAUUAAUCAAGAUGCUCUUUCCCUGUCCUGUCGGAUGACAGCUGUGAUGCAUCAUCAGAAAGAAGCAUUAAUGGACAUUAAGGAAUAUAUGAAAUCUGUUUGAAAUACUCUGAGACUUAUACAAUCCCAAGGUCCUACAUUUUCUGUGUGGGACUGAUAUGGCUUUAUGCUUCCACAACAUAUACAUUACAGGAGUUCCUGGUGAGUGCCUUUUCUCUCUCUGCUAAUGAAGGCAACAAUGACACCAAAUGCAUACAAGGCACAUUCAUCUAUGUCCUAGAACUAUGCAAAUGAUCAUUUGAAAAGCUUUUGAAUGUGCUUGAUGAUGCAAAUGAGUACUGGGUAUAUUCCCAUGUAAAACCUAAAUUAAAUAAAAAAAUAAAUAUUUAUAUAUACUGUAUAGAUAUACUGUAUAUCAGAAAAUUAUUAGCAAAGGAAAUUGUGGUGUUCUUCCAUGCUAAAAUUAAACUUGAGGGAUUUGUGUUCUGUUUAUGAGCAAGACGGGGAACAUAUGCAUGGGACAUCUGUCCUUUGUGUGCACUUCGGCUCUUGACACAUUUAUGGUGAUAACCUUCACCCCUUGAAGUGAAGCAAUCUGACCUGUUAUUGUAAGUGAAAGUUUUUUGCCCUCCACUGUGGAAAAUGGCUUCUAAAAUGUUCUUGUAUGUGCCAUACAAACUGGGGGUAAAAACCAUGAAUUCCAAUGGGCUCAGACAAGUUAUGUUUAAUAAUCCACACACUUGUAUAUCCUUUAAGGAGAGACUUUGUUGAGGAACUGUUUGGUUGAACUAGUAUGGGUUUGGUAGAUUAUGUUUAUUUUAAAAUUGGGCCUGUAGAACAGGCAUCCUGGGGAUACGGCUUUCUUUUUGUCUGAAGUUGUGGGGUGUUUAUAUUUUGAGUGCUGCAAUAUGUUGGAUUAUGUGUUAAUAAACACAUAUUUUAGUUCAAA